UGGGAAUGUUAAGGGUUGUUAUGCAAAGUCACUCUGUGAAUAAGUUGUUGUUAGUGGUCAGACUGUAGAGCUCAGGAUCAGAUCAGGAGCAUCCGUGGACAGGAGAGUAUUGUGUGCAUUCUCGACUGGACCUAAGAUCGACAACCAGCGAAUCAACAAGCAGCAGAUGUGAGAUGCAUACACUGUGGCUGCCGCUUCUCCUGAGCUCAGUCAUUUGGGCAGAGGAGCAGUACUUUCCUCAGUCACGCAAAGACACAUGGGAAAACAGCAGUUUUCACUGUCGAUCAUGUUUCAAAGAUCUGACGACCAUCACCAGCAGAAACGUCCACCUCAUUGUCCAGAACAUCUCUUCGGACUUCUGGAUUGGACUCCGCAGCAAUAGUUCCAUCCCAAUGGGCGAAUGGUCCAAAUGGUCCAAUGGGGAUCCUGUUACAUAUCAGAAUUGGUACCCUGGUCAUCCUGUUCCAUCUCCUAUAUGUUCCUCAACUACACAAAGUCCACCGAGCACCCCAAUGACCUCAACACAAGCAUCCACAGUCACUUCUGCUUCUGUAUCCUCAAGAAAUGAUACAUGCCCCAUACUGUCCGAAAUGCUUCUUUGCUUAAAUAUGACAUGUGGUGAUCUUGAAACUUCCAUCGGUAUGUGUAAGGGAACAUCCACUGUUACCCCUAAGACUACAACAUACAGCACCACCUUUAAUGCCCCAACAACUGAGAGCACCAGCGACUGCAAACCCAAUCCUGGACAGUACAUCGAGGAUGCUUGUGUGGUCCUGCUCAGCUCUGGCAUGUGGAAGGAACAAGAAUGCAACAGAAGUCUACCUUACAUCUGUUAUGAAGAGCGCUUUUUUGGCCAGAUAAACAUUUCCAGCGUGACCACAAGCACAGGCAAUGUGAGCUGGUCUGAGGGACCCGGUGCUAAGAACAUCAGUCACUACAGAGUGGAGGUCACUGGGGACAAAAACCAGACAUUUAACCAGAAAAAUCUCUUUCAAUACAUAGAGACUCUGACAGCAGGAACUCUGUACAAAGUUCAGGUGUUUCCUGUGAAAUGUGACAGGGAUCUCAAUCCGCAGAAUAUCUCCUUCUACACUUUGCCCUCUGAUGUGCAAAAUCUGAUUGUGGUGAGUGUGACAGAUGUUAGCGCCAACCUCAACUGGAGUAAACCAGAUGGAAACCAUGACUUCUACUCAGUAGCAUUCAUAAAUGCAUCGAAAGGUGAAGAACACAAGUGUGAUAAUGAAGGGUGCACUAUUACGGAUCUUAUUCCAGGAACCGAGUAUGAAUUUACAGUUAAAGCUGUAGUGAAUAAGACGAUUCAAGGUGUGCCGAGCAAGGUUUCUGAUUACACCAAGCCUUCAACUGUCAGGAAGCUAAGAUCAGCAGACAAUGACAGUACAGUCAUAAUGGCCUUUUGGGAUCCUCCUACUGGCAGUCAUUCAGGUUACCGCUAUUGUCUUAAAGAAGUCAAUAACAGCCUCGAGUGUACUUACUGCAACAUCGCAUCAGACAUCAGCAAUACAGCAAACAACAACAUCACAAACAGCAGUGAUACAACAACUGUCAGUAUUACAGACUGCAAAACAGUGCAUAGAACAGAAACAUUUAUCAAAGAGAGUAAUAAAUCAGACGGCAGCAUGUUUUGUCUGUGUGUGGCAGCACUAACAAAGAGCAACAAUCUGUCAGGAGAAAUGGUCACAAUCUUAGCAUACACACAACCAAAAACUGUGACCCUCUUUUUGAAACCCAGCUCACAAACCAUUUUUGCCAACUGGACAGUAAAAGGGAAGUAUGAAAAAUUUGAAGUUAGUAUUACAACGGAUGCAUACAAUUAUACUGCCCAGAUUACUACUGCAAACUUGAAUUACUCGUUCGAUAAUCUGAAGGCAGGAGUGAAUUACAACGUUUCAGUUGUCACCCUUAAUGGUAAACUGAGAAGUAAUCCUGCUAAUAAAUCAGAGUUCACCCGGCCUGCUAAACCUCGUGGCGUAAAGGCCACCGCUAACAAAACUACCGUACAAGUAAGCUGGGAAGCUCCAACUGAGUCCGAGGGUGCCUUGAUUAAAUAUACAGUCAAAUGUUACACUGCUUUUUGGAAAAAAUCUCAUGAAGGUCAGACAGCUGAUAGAAGCAUUCCCUUUACUGGUUUAAAUCCAGGAACAAAAUAUGAGUGUAAUGUCAGUGUCGUGGCUGGAAAUUUGGAGAGCCUUCCAGAAACUGUUAACGCAAACACAGAGCCUGAGAAGAGGACACUGGUCUUCACGAUGUUGUGUUCCUCUAAAGACCCACUUCAUUGUGACGAAAUUGAAACUCGGUUUGAACUGUUUGAAAAGCUGAAAAACAUAACUUAUGACAAAUUUCAAGACUUGGUUCACUGGAAUAUGAGUUGGGCAAAAACUGGAAACAACAUCCUUUGAAUCUCUAUGACGUGGCCUAAGAGGACAAAUCACAUACUGACAUUUUGUGUGAUUUCAUGCCUGGUGAAUUCUCCAUUUGUUUUCUUACAUUUACAUUAAUGCAUUUAUCUUACAAAAGAGGAACAAAAUGAAUUAGUCAAAGAGCCAACAAUAUUUGUUAUAUACAAUGCCAGGUUUAUUAGACUAGAUUAGGAAACAAGUAAGAGAAG